UUAGUGUAAUUACAAUGGCGUCUAAGGGUAGUAGCGAUAAAAAGAGGAGUCCUAAGCCUCUUACUUUAAAUGCCAAGUUAGAGAUGAUUAAAGUUCGUGAACAAGGCAUGUCUAUGCCCGAGAUAGGACGUAAACUAGGCAUAGCUCGCCAAACUGUUAGUGCCAUCGUGAACGCUAAGGAGAAAGUGUUAAAUGAAAUUAAAAGUGCCACACCAAUGAACUCUAAAGUCAUAAGAAAAAGAGAUGGCCUUAUUGCCGACAUGGAAAAACUUUUAUUUGUGUGGAUUGAAGAUCAAACCAGCCACAAUGUGCCUUUAAGCCGAGGCAUCAUCCAGGGCAAGGCUUUAAGUCUCUUCAAUUCUAUGAAGGCUGGGAGAGGUGAGGAAGCUGCUGAUGGGAAAUUCGAAGCUAGCAGAGGAUGGUUUCAAAGGUUUAAAGAUAGAAGCCAACUUCAUAACAUUAAAGUGCAGGGUGAAUCAGCUAGUGCAGAUACAGAAUCUGCAGAGAGGUAUCCACAUGAGCUAGCUACGAUAAUCGAAGUGGGUGGGUACACUAAAGAACAGAUUUUUAAUGUAGAUGAAACUGCAUUGUAUUGGAAAAAGAUGCCAUCCAGGACUUAUAUUGCCAAAGAAGAGAAGUCAGUGCCUGGAUUCAAAGCUGCAAAAGACAGGCUAACACCCUUGUUAGGGGCUAAUGCAGCUGGUGAUUGUAAGUUGAAGCCUAUGCUCAUUUAUCACGCAGAGAAUCCUAGGGCACUAAAGAAUUAUGCAAAAGCUCGCCUACCGGAUUACUAUAAAUCCAAUCCCAAAGCAUGGAUGACUGGUAAUCUUUUUAAAACUUGGUUCACGGACUAUUUUAAGCCUACAGUUGAAGCUUACUGCAAGGAAAAGAAGAUUCCUUUCAAGAUUUUACUUCCUUUUGAUAAUGCCCCAGGACAUCCUAGAGCUCUGAUUGGCAUGUAUCCUGAGAUACAUGUUGUUUUCCUCCCUGCAAAUACACCUUCAUUACUGCAGCCUGUGGACCAAGGUGUAAUUGCUAACUUUAAAAUGUAUUAUGUAAGGAUGACUUUCGCUAAGGCUAUAAAUGCCUCGGACAGUGAUACAUCAGCAGCAUCAAGAGAAAAUAAAUUAAAAGCAUUUUGGAAAGGUUUCACCAUUCUAGAUGAAGUUAAAGAAAGUACUCUUACAGGCGUUUGGAAGAAACUAAUUCCAGAACUUAUGGAAAAUUUUGGAGGGUUUGCAAAUCCAGUGGAGGAAGUGACUUCAAAUGUUGUGUAAAUGGCAAGGGAGUUGGAGGUCGAUCCUGAGGAUGUGGCAGAAUUGCUUAGGUCUCAUGAUCAGCCCUUAUCGGAUGAAGAUCUUCUUCUGCUUGAAGAGCAAAGGAGGAUUUUUCGAGAAGAGGAGUCUCAUCUUGAUGAUAAUUCUGAUGUCCCGAGAGAAAUGACAACCAAGGAAUUGCAAGAAUAUAUCAACCACAUAGAAAUUGGAAUAGCAGGUUUUGAGAGAAUAGACCCAAAUGUUGAUAGAAGUUCUAAAGUCAAAGUUACUCUUCUAAAUGGUAUUGCAUGCUGUAAGAAAAUUCUAAGGGAAAGGAAACAUUAUUCUAUGAGGCAAAGCUCAUUGCUUUCAUACUUUAAGAAAGCACCAGCCCCAUCUUCAACUGCAGAAAUUUCAACUUCAUCAGCAACACCAACCCCUGCAAGAGCUUCCGAACCAUCACCAAAACGAAUAAGAUUCGUUGAGUCAGAUGAUGAAGAUGUGCCAUCUCCUUCAUCCUUCCUACUAUAAGCAUAUUAAUUUUCAAAUUUAUAUUCACCAAUCACUAUAAGCUGAAGACGAAAAUAUUUUAAG